UGCCGGGGGGCUCUGGCCGCACUGGCCCCGCUGCCCCGUGCAGGAAGGGUCCCGCCCCGGCCGCGCGGAGCCGAGCGGGCUGCAAAGUCGCCGGCCCGGGGGGUCCCACUGGGCUCCGGCUCUGAGGUCACUGCUGAUGUCACAAUGCUGCCGGGCACCGUGCCGUGUCACUGGUGCCCAGCCAGGCAGCCGGGCAGCUGGCCUCCAGCACAGGAGGGUGUGGGGGGGGGGGCAUGGCCAGCUGAAAGAUCACCUAAGCCCCCGGACGCCCCACGGCCACCACCAUGUCGGCGGCCCCCGGCCAGGCCGCGCAGUUGCAGGCGGUGCCGGCCGUGCUCCGGCACUACGAGCAGCUGCGACGGGCGAUCGACGCGCUGCUGCAGGAGAACGACGCGCUGAAGAAGGUGGCGGCGCUGCUGCGCGAGAACCAGCAGAUCCGCAACUACCUGCAGACCCACGUGCACGGCGACCUCUCCGCCAUCUCCAACUUCAUCCCCCUUGCCUCCUCCACCGUCCCCAACGCCAGCGGCAUAGUGCCCGGGCUAGCUGCAGCCCCCAACGUGGCGCUGAACGACGGGCAGGGCAGCGGGUCGUGGAACACCACCCUGAGCGAUGCCACCCUGGGGCUCAUCCGGGGCGGACUCAUCAACACCGGCGAGACCCUGACGUCCGCCGUGAACCAGCUGUCCCAGCAGACGGGCGCAGGGAGCCAGCUCUCCGGCUCGCGGGGCCAGAGCUCGCAGGCCCACUCCCGGGGCGCGGAGCCUGUCGUCCGGACCUCCACGCCCCCCACCCAGGUCUUCACCUUUGGGCCCGCAGAGUUGUCGGGCUUCCAGGACUUGACCUACCCAGACACCGUCUUCCAAAGUGCCAACUUCAUGGAAAACAUCCUCAACAACACGUCCGCCCUGGGCGCCGCGGCCCCGCGGCCUGGGGCUGCGCCCACCUCUGGGUCCGUGCUUGGCUCCACACCCAUCAUCGGAGCUGGACUCAUGACCCCACCGGGAGCCGUCGGCGGAGCCAUCGCCUUACCUGGGCCCAGCCUCGCCCAGGCCACUGCCCGCCCGCUCGCCGACACCCAGCGCCCGCCUGACGUCCGGCCCAAGGAGCGCGCGCACAGGGCGCCCCGCACCACCGAGCGGCCCAUGUCCGUGCGGGACUCCAUCCAGCCUGGCCUCGGGCCCAGAGACCCCAAGCGUCAGACCUGGGAGCGCAUCGUGGGGGAGAUCGCCUUCCAGCUGGACCGCAGGAUCCUCUCCAGCAUCUUCCCUGACCGCGUCCGCCUCUACGGCUUCACCGUCAACAACAUCCCCGAGAAGAUCAUGAAGAGCAUCAGCAACGGCACCACGUGGCACGUGGACGAGGUCCAGUGUGCGGCCAUGGCCCAGCGCUACACGGCGCUCAUGCAGCGCCUGAGCCGGAUGGGCUACGACCCCCGCGUGCACCCCGCCUUCACCGAGCACGUGGUCAACAGCUACGGGAUCCUGCGGGAGCGGCCGGAGCUGUCGAGCGCCGAGGGCCGCUCCUACAACAACGUGGACUUCCUGCGGGGCGUGGUGGUGGACACGGUGCCCGAGGAGGCCCGGCGCGACGCCCUGCUGCUGCUCGACUGCCUGUACGAGCUGUCCAAGGAUGACGGCAAGCCCCUCUUCAUCUGGUGAAGACACGGCCCCCGCACCCCCAUUAAACACCCAGCA